UGGCCGAGAAGUUGAAUUACGCAGCAAUGAGGGCGGCCCAGCUUAAGGCUGAGUUGAAGGCAAAAAAGAUCGGAGUCCCCAACCCUCCAAAGGUAUGUCUCGGGUUUUGGCCGAGUACCCUUUCUUGUUGGUUCCGAGCUGAUCUUGAAACUUUGCAGGAUCCGUCGAAGCCCAAAGCUUCGAAGAAAAGGAAGGAGCGGGAUCCGCAUAAGGUGGCCAAGUCCGAGAAGGCGCUGGCCAAGGCUCAGGAGGAAAAGGCUAAAAAAGCCAAGUCCGUUGAAGUUAAUAGUCCCCGACCGGAGGAGCGGGCAGACAGGUCGGAGGGGACUCGGAUUUCGGUUCACUCUGAAGAUUUCCGACCGGUCCAGAGCCCUCAAUAUACACCGGCCACCCCUCGCCCUCAUGAUGACCCGGAGGAGCUCAACCUCGCGCUGGCCAAACCAUUCGCAGAAUUGGAUGCCCACGGGCUCGACACCCGCUGGAUGAAUGCGGUCGAGUGCCUGUACAGUCCCACCGACCGGGAGUACAUUGCGCAGUCCAGCGGCCCGGAGGAGACGAAUGACCUCUUCCGCAGCUGGGUUGAGUUUUCUGCUCGGCUUGUCAAUGUGGCUCGGAACAAAGUGCACUUGGCCGACAAGGUCUCCGACUUGGAGGCUCGAGGCAAGAAGCAAUAUGAGGAGCUACGCGCUGCCAAGGAGGGCCAAAGGAUAGCUGAAGCCGACCUCGUCAAUGCCAAACGCUGCAUCGACCGGGACCAAAAGGACUUCAAGGCCGAGCGGGAGCAGUGGGACUUGGCUAAGCAGAAACUCAUCAAGGAGAGGGAUGAGGCUGUGAUUGCCAAGACUGCUGCCGAGGCCCGAGUGGUGGAGGCGGAGAGCCAAAUCACCCAGCUGCGAUUCCAACUUGCCGAGCUGGAGAAGGCUCCCAAGACCGAGGACCAAUGGUUUGCGGGUUGGAAGGAGACCAAGGCCUGCGAACUGUUCGUCAACGAGGUCGGAUCUACCGCCCAGCAGAUGGGGGUAGAUGGCGCCCUUAAGAGGAUGAAAGCGGCCCUGGAGAGAUCGCAUCCCUCUCUUCCUUGGUCCGAGGUCAUGGGGAGCUACGAAGCUCUUCUGAAGGAGGAGGAUCAGGCCAUCCUCUCGGAAUUGCAUAUUGGCCUCUCGGAUGAUGAUGAUGAUGAUGAUGAUGAGGAUGCGGAGGCAGCUGAGGAGGAUCAAGGCCAAGGGGUGGCCAGGUCUGAGGAGCACCAUGGGAGUACUAAUGAUCAGACCGACCCUCCUGUAGCUUAGGCUUUGCUUUGCCUUGUAUUGUUUUUUCUUUUUGUUUUUAACCUUGGUAGUACCAAGGUUUUAGGAUGUACUAUUUUUCUAACUUUAAUGAAAGUCUCUUUUAUUUCAUCCGAGCACCUUUUAUUAUUGUCGAUUGCAAUUUUUGCUUCAAGUAUAGAUUCUCGAACUGGUUAAGUUUUGCUUGAUAAUGCUUGUCGGAUUUAACUCGAACAACUUGUGGUUGAAACUGGUUAAGUUACGAAGAAUAUAGUUGUUCGGACUAAAUUCGAGCACUCGAAACUGGUUAAGUUUAAUUCGAACAAUUGAAAUGACUGGUUAAGUCUUGAAAUGACUGGUUGUCUUUUUAUUAACUUAGAAGAUUGACUGGUUAAGUCUUACAAACCGAGUGACUACAUGCCACGUCUGGCCAGUAUCUCGGCUAUAUGCCCCUAAUUGCAAUUGACUAUACAUAAUAUUUCUUUAGGUUGUCCAGAUUCCAUGGCCGAGCAAGUGGUAUGCCUUCGGGAUUUUCGAGCUGAAAUGUACCAGGCUUGAUGACUUUGGUUACUUUGUAAGGACCAUCCCAGUUGGCCCCUAGCUUGCCUUUCAGAUGUGAUAGCCCCGUAGCUUCGACUUUCCUGACCACCCAAUCUCCGAGCUGGAUCGGCCUUGACUUGACUCGACGAUUGAACUGUCGAGUUACUCUUUGCUUGUAGCGGAUCGACCUUAACAAUGAGUUGCCCCUUGUUUCUGGCAGCAGGUCGAGGUUGACAGGCUUUUCUUCUUCAUUUUGCUCAAAGUCAUAAAAGGUGAUCCGAGGCGAUGGGAUACCGACCUCUACGGGCAGUACUGCCUCACUACCAUAGACCAGUCCGAACGGGGAGUGUCCCGUUGCUUCCUUUACCGUUGUCCGAGCAGACCACAAGACUCCAGGUAGGUCGUCCACCCAAGCCCCUUUCGCUGCGUCAAGUG